GUCCUGGCAACCAAUCGGAAUUGCGUUCGAGGUGUAGAUUGACUUUCUGCUUGUGGGUCCUGCAAGUGACACUUGUGGCUCAGUUACGAAAUGGCUGCUCUUUGGGAAGACAUCUUCAGCAACAAAGAGGUGCUUGAAGAAAUAGCACCCAUUGCCGUUGAUAAAGCUCUGCUAAUGGGAGUACUAAUUAGGACGAAGGAUAACCCAAAUUCGUCGGACGUGGUGAAUUUUACCCCCUUUACUCUACUUCCAUCCCCUGUACCAAAAGCUCUCUUUGAACAAGCAAAGUCUGUCCAAGAAGAUUUCAACUUGCUGGUCGAUCGUAUCAGCCAGCAUCCCUCGUUCUUGGAACAAGUCCUUUCCAGCACCAUUAAAGUGGACGAUUUCAUAGAACGCCUUUUCACAAUUCACAAGCAUGUCCAGGAUGAAGGAUUGGCACAAUCUGUCUUUUUAGGUAUCAAUCGCUCAGAUUAUAUGUUUGACUUCAGCGAGGAUGGGACAACCUCUCUGAAACAAAUUGAGAUUAACACCAUCGCGGCCAGCUUUGGGGGCCUGUCAUCACGGACACCUGCAGUGCAUCAACAUGUGUUGAAGACACUGGGGAAGACGGAGGAGGCUAGUAAAAUAUUGCCUAAUAAUCCAUCACAUGGCAUUGCCCGUGGCAUUGCAAAGGCCUGGGAGCUGUAUGGAUCUGAAAAGGCUGUUGUCAUGUUUCUAGUCGAAACUACGCAGAGGAACAUAUUUGAUCACCGUUAUAUUGAAAACGAACUGUGGGAUAGGAAUAUCCGAGUGAUCAGAAGGCGACUCGGGGAUGUUUUUGAAAGGGGAACGUUGAAUGCAGAUAAGGCUCUCAUUGUGGAUGGAUAUGAGGUAGCCGUGGCCUAUUUUAGAACUGGAUACAUGCCUCAAGAUUAUGAAGACAAGGAUUGGGAAGCGCGUCUCUUGAUGGAAAGAUCUAAAGCAGUGAAAUGCCCAGAUGUGGCCACUCAGCUAGUCGGCACCAAGAAGGUCCAACAGGAACUGAGUCGACCUCUUACCUUGGAGAAAUUCCUACCAGAUCGACGGGAAGCUACUGCUCGGAUCAGAGAGACGUUCGCAGGCCUGUACACCUUGGAUAUUGGUGAAGAGGGUGAUAAGACUGUGGAAAUAGCCAUUGAUAACCCAGAUCAGUUUGUGCUGAAGCCUCAGAGAGAAGGUGGAGGGAACAAUAUAUACGGGGAGGAGAUAAAAGAAGUGUUGGAGAAGGUUAAAGACAGCAUCGAACGCACCUCCUUUAUACUGAUGGAUAAGAUCAGGCCUCGACCUCUUAAGAAUUGUCUCCUGAAAGCCGGAGGACAAAUUCAAAUCUCAGAAUGCAUCAGUGAGCUUGGCAUGUUUGGUGUAUAUGUUAGGCAAGGAAAACAGGUGGUCAUGAAUGAAGGCGUCGGUCACCUCCUUAGGACAAAAGCCACGGAGCAUGAAGAUGGUGGAGUUGCAGCAGGUGUGGCGGUCCUGGACAAUCCUUUCCUUGUAUAAUGUAGGAUAAUAGUGGACCUGUAAUCUCUUAAUGUGCCUAAAAAUACCUGUGCUGGAUCCUAGAGGUUAUAUUUGUAAACUAAAAUAGCCCUAGUGGGGAUACAUCAGGUGUUA